UUGGCUCUGUAUCCGGACCGAUGGCCUCUCCCUUGGCUCGCGGCCCACUGCUAAUGCGAGGGGAUCCUAUUCAGAGUUUCCAUACCAGCUUGAGACACGGAACUAUGCGCAUCUGUCGUCCAUCCCAAGUCGCCAUAGGAGCCUUGGAGAAUCCACCGGAGGAUAAGGCCGGUUGUAUGUAGUGGCGGGACCUAAGGCAUCGUCACCGCCCUUCCCGUUGAUUAAAAGAUGGCGUCUCUCCAAGCUCCACGGGUUCUUUGAGCGUAUGCGUAUGUUGGGCUGGCGUGGUUUCAAAUUGCGUGCAAGAUGCAUUGUUAUCAUUGUGCAAAGAGCUUCAUUGACCGAGAUGAGUUCGAAGGCCAUCGUCAAUCACAUAUAGAACGACAACAACGGCUCCAUGCAGGUAUCGCUGAAAACGGAUUAGGGAGCAGCAUCCGUGCGAGGAAAUCUCGACAUGGGGUUUUACGCGCACCGGAAGUGCUGUUAUCUUUGGCAGGGAAGACACUAAAGAGUUCGGAUGAGACGCCAUCGGCCGUGGACAGUUUCCAAGAUGCGCUGCGUUUCUUCCCUCCUUACACAGAGAAGAGCGAUGGCGGAAAUCAGAUGUGCGAGUGCUUCUGUCCGGACUGUGACGCUAUAUACUCCUCGUCUGCCGAAUUGAAGCAACAUCACCUUACGAAGUAUUGUCCUGGCAGCGCAAUAGUCGUAUACGUUAUGACGCGGGACCGGCUCAUCAAGAGGGGCUAUCGGGUCGAAAAGAGGUUAAUACCCUUGGAUGCGCAGCCGUUCCGAGUCGCAUGUGAAAAGUGCGGAGAGCAGUUCUCCAAUGAGAAUGAUCGGGACGCACAUCAGAAUAUGCACGAAACCCAAGAUCUCGAGUGUCUUCAUUGUGGACUGAGAUAUGAUACUUCCUAUGAGCUCGAUGCGCAUUACGACUGGCAUGACGACAUGGAAUACCGUCAGCUGCGGGAGUGCUCUGAGGACUCGACCAGCUCCGAUCACAGUAGGAGCCCUAGUUUGGCAUCCUCGGGCAGAUCGGGCCCCAUGCCACCGCAAGCUCCAAUACCGACGAUCGAAACCGCCGUCACCAAGAAGCCGUCCUCUACAAUCUUACGUGGGCCUCAGAAGCUGCGAGAGUCCUGGCCUCUAAGAAAGAAUCCCCAAAGAGACGAUGACGAAUUGGUUGCUAUUAGCUUUUCCAGUGCAGAGGAACUCGAACGCGUUCAUGCUCCAAAUGGCAUUCUGCAAGAAGGCUACGGCGGGACUCUGCCGCUGUCUCCGAUCAGUCAGUUAAUGACAAUUACUGAGAUGAGCACUAAUUCCCAUGCUCCCACUACUGGGUCAGAUGCAGACAAGACAACGGUCACCACCCUUUGCGAGGAAACCUUUCUUCAGCCCAGCGAGGUGGGCGAAUACCAGGACGAUGCCUCCUGUGACUCGGGGGCUACUGCAGACGGAGACAACACCAAGAAGGAUUCCCUUUUUCGAUCAGUGUUCGGCAAGAAAAUAUCGCGAAGCCUAUCUCACAGUAGUAGUACUUCUGCUGGCAAGAAGUUGAUCAAGAAGGGAGCCAUUCGCUUUUCCAUCGUAUCAAAUCGGCUAAAGAGUGAUAAUGAUUCGAUUAAAUCCGGCACUAAUGCCAGUGAACGGAGCGAGAGUCGCAGUGGCAGAGAUUCUCCCGCACUGAAAAUAAGAGUGGGUGAUAUCUCGGACUCAGACAGCGGCUAUGGAGGUUCGCCCAAGGGCGCUCCUGGGCCCUUCGUUCACAUUCGUACAGCUUCAGAUGGUUCCUUCGCCAACGAUGUUUGUGGACGGCAACGGGUACUCUCCAUGGAGCAGAUUGCUUUCCUAUACUUGCAGAUCAGCGAAUGUAUCUCGUCCACUCCAUUAAGGACGAAAGCUAGUACUAUACAAUCUCGAGCAGAGUCGGAAUCUAAACGAGGCAAUCUGGAAGAUGCUGCCGCCGAAUAUCUCGACAUGCUCAACAUUUACAAUGAGAAUCCGGCCCUAGAUAUUGACCGCAUGUCCAGGGCAGGGAUAUUGCAUGAACUGGGUCGCAUAUAUGAAAGGUUGAACCAACCUUCAGAAUCAGAAUGGUGCUUUCUCGAAGCGCUUGGGUUAUACAAGAGGACUUUUGGCCGUGAUUAUCCAAGGAACUUCUGCAUUCUCAACGAUAUGGCUACAUUGUGCGAGAAAGACGGAUACGCAACUGAGGCGGCAGAAUUAUACGACCGUUCGCUCGCAGGUCGCUUGAAAACACUGGGUCAGAAUGCGCCGGAAACGUUGGGCAGCAUGCAGGAUCUUGCUACCAUCAAGACCUCUCUCGGUGAUAUUGAAACGGCCGUUCUCCUCUUCCAAAUGGUCGUCCCAGCAUUGGAAACAGUUUUCGGUCUCCAACAUGAGAAUACCUUGACUGCGAUGGAUAAUCUGUCUAUGCUCUAUCAAAAAUUGGGGCUAAACGAAGAGUCGCGAGAUAUUUCACGGAAGAUGAUUCCAUACUGCAGGAGUGUUUUUGGUAUCGACAGCUCAAUGACGAGGGAUGCCAUUGCAAAAUACCUCAAGACCUCGGACAAUUUCGACUUCUCGCCGGACGUCAAGGAAAUCCUGGACCACUACCGACGGUCGAGACAGCCGCAGUCCCUGAGGGUCUUGCAGGGCCUUGGUCGAGCAUAUAUGGACGCAAAUCUAAACAGAGACGCCGUUGAUCUCUUCCAAAGCCUAUUCGAGGCCUUGACCUCUGUCAAGGGAACUGACGCCCCUGAAACCCUCGAUGCCCUUAGUGCGCUAUGCGUUUCCUGCGAACAUCUCGACGCAUUGGAGCAGGCCAUUCAAGCAUACGGUCAACUCAUACAAAUCGCCCGGAAGACUCCGCCGGAUCAUCAUUCCCGAAGACGCAUGGACUAUGCUCAGAAGCGAGUAGCUGACUUGCGCCAUCGCCAAGACGUGCUUUCAGCGGAGAAGAAGGCAUGGGGUCUAAACGAGGAAGGGCCAUGUGGAAAUUGUCAAUCUCCCACAAAGAGUCUAUGCAAUGGCUGCCACAUGGUCCGAUACUGCUCUGAAAACUGCCAGAAGAAGCACAUGCCCACGCAUAAACCUCGAUGCAUCCCAUCCAUCACACUUCGCCAAUCCAAAUCCGUCGCCAUAAAACCAAAAUGCCCCAGUUUAAUCAACGAUACAGCCCUAGCGAAAAUCGCAUCAAAAACCAAAAACAACUCUUCCACUGCAAAUAUUACCUCCUCAUAUACUUUCUUCCUCGACCAACGCAACUUCACCACCUUCCGCAUGAAACUCAGCUCCGUCGUGAACACCAUCAUCCUGUUCUCAGCCGACGUCAGUAUUCAAUACAUGGUACUAGACAGCUCCGUUUCGGAGCCAUCACCACCGUCAGAAUCCUCAGAGGAAGAAAACACUCAAACAACCGAGUGGAUCACCCCCCAAAUGCAAGAAUACGUAUCCGUCUCGCCGCCCUCUCGUCCCUUCGCGACAUACCUCGUCAUUGCCCCAGGGAAGGAAAUGCUCCGCGAGCAGAUCGAUAGACGCAUCCACGCGCGCAGCGGAGGUGGGGAACGUGAAAAGUUCGAAUCCCUCAGUAUCCCGGAUAACGACUUGAUUGAAUAUUGUCAAGGGACGCUUUUGAACGGAUACAUGGGCGAGGCAUUCAUGUAUGUUCUCGAAUGGAUCUGAGGGAUAAAAGGGGAGGUUUGUAUAGUCAAUCGUACUGGUCAUUUUUCUUCCUUUUUCAACUUCUUCUUUUGGCAUGGUUUAUUUUGUCUUGGGUACACUGUAAAUUUGACGAGGAGUUUCAUAUCUAUCUUUUCAUGUUUGAGUUAUAUUCUACCCGAGAGAAAAAGAAUGUCUAAUUCCUUUCACUUAAGAAUUGAUAUUUCACCGAUAAUGCGAUAAUUUUAUUGGAUUGAUCGACCGGUUAAUACUCCUGUACGUAUCUCAAGCAAUGAGUAUAGUUGCUGUAGUGAAUUGCGACCAGAACAGAAGAACAAAUGUCAAAAUGGGGAAUAUAUAUUGGGUAUUCUAGUCAU